UUUCUUUUUUACCCUUCGUCUCAAACAAGCAGAAAAUUCAUGUUUGAUCCGCAUACAAAUUUGAUUCGUGUUUUAUCUUCUUUUUAAACAGCACAAACAACGAAAGCCUUCAUUCUCCGCUGGCGGCUUUGGAAAUGUAGAAGUGUAGGUGCGUGUGUGUUCGAUGUGUCAACGCCAACAACAAAACAAUCACAAAUUAUUAGGCGAAGUAAAGUGAAACAAUGCGUCGCUCGUAUUCGCGCUCCCCUUCACGGUCAAGAAAAUCUGAUCGGCGCUCAAAACCAUCGCGCCGUCGUUCCAGGUCCAAAUCUAGGGAGUACGAUAAAUAUCGCAGAAAGAGUGAUGAUAAAAGCCGCCGUCACGAUCGUUCUGAAACGCGUUCCAAAAGCCGUUCUGUUGCAGCAUCCUCAUCAUCUUACACACGAGAGAAAAAAUCUUCAUACCGCAAUAGAUCCAGAGAUAGAAGCUACACAACUAGCACACGCAAAAGAUCCUCAUCUCGAGACCGAUAUCGUGAGCGAAAAACACAUGAUCGAACCCGUUAUCGUCGUUCCUCUAGCAGUUCCAGCAGUUCGUCGUCUACAAACUCAUCCAGCAGCAAUCGCACGAGCUCCUCGGAAAGUUCGAACAAUUCUUCGCCCGCCAAAACAAACACCGAAAACGAUGAGAAAACGUUCGUGUUCAAAUCCAUGUCCAACACAGUCGAUGAUCCAACGUCCAAAGCCACGAAAUUGGAAGAGUUAAACGCCGAUGAGUUCAUUCCACAAACCUUCGUAUCAAGCCGGAAGGUGGCAAUAUCGGCACCUACCGCAAGCAGCAUUGUUAUAGACUUGGAAUCGCAAACAAUUAAAGUGCCCACAAGCGAAAGCACCGUAACAGAUGAAGAUCCUUUAUUUCACAGCAUGCUUUUCUCAAGCGACGACAGUGAACGAAUGGCACGAUGGGUUAAAAAACUUCAUCUUUUGCGCCAAUCAAUGCCGUAGCUGUACGACAAUUGCAGCGUUAGGAUUUACCUAAUAAAUCCCAUGCUUCAUCGGCUGACAAUGCCUCCUCUUUCGACGGUUCUAUCGGACUUCCAUCAUCGUUCAGUUUUCCACUCUUCCAAUCGCUUAUGAUUUUCUGCGCGUACACAGAGUUGAAUAAAUCCUGGCUCGUAAAUUCCGACUGCACUACAUCGGGAGCCUUAUAUGACACGUAAGGCUUAAAUUUACAACCAUCCAGGUUUGGAACAAUCAGUUCGGGAAUCUUUUCCGGAAUUUCGAUGAAUUUGCCAUCAAUGGUGACUCCCGUAUCGCGCACACCACGCUUGUCGAUUGGCAUGUCAGCGUACAGGUCAGGGUUAGCGGCGCGCUGCUGUUUGAAAAUCCUUGUCCCCCGCUUGUUAUAGAGCAAGAACUUUCGGAAAUUCUUCUUCCCGGAUAGAGCCGUCGUCGUAGUAAUGCCGCGUUUAAUGAUAUGGAACAUUUUCCGGCUUGUUUUGUUACACAAUAUCCCGGUGUACUGAUGCAGCCAGGCUGACAGUGUUGUGAUUUGCGCAGAACGAAAA